GGUGAAGUAGCUGAAAUGUUUUCAUCAAAAUGUGGCGCUUUCACUUUGAACUUUGAACUUUGUUGGGGUCAAAAUGUCAGCACAGUGCAAAGUUCAAGUAUCACAUGACUGAUCCAAGAUGGAAGAGGUGGACAACAUUAUCAUCCACACUCUCCGAGAAAUCGGCUGUGGGUUGGACGAUGAUGUCCAGAGCCUGAAACACUUCAGCACAGAGAACAUUGUUGAAGCCACAGUGAAGUGCCUGCGAGUGAUCGGUGAUGGAGUCAACAUCUCCCCAGCCCUUCCCCCCGGCAUGUCAGCCAGGUACAGGGUCGGCACGCAGCUUGCUACGUCGUGUCAGGAGCUGGGAUUCCGAGGGGACAUUGGGUACCAGACCUUCCUGUAUUCCAACGAGGCUGACAUUAGGAGAGUCCUCAUGUUCCUCAUUGAGAAGAUGCCUAAAGAAGCUGCCGAGGUGGCAUCAGAACCCAUGGGGAAGUCGGCCAUGUUGAAGCGUAGCAUAGCGGCAGAGCUGGACAGACAGAUGAAGUCAGCGUGGACGCCAUCCUACUGUAAACAAGAUGGACUGUGCUGGAGGGGGACCAAACCACGGCAGUGGCACAGGGAGGGUCUGAUCGGAGUAAGAAGGUUUCACUCCUGUCCUGUACGCACACCCGAAGGAGUUGGCGAUAUCACAAAAAAGAUUCCAAAAGACUUGAAGAGGUACUAUGACAAACACCUGCAGCCCCUGACGUCCCAGCCCCCCCAGAGUUCCCAGGUGGUCCCGUCUGUGGUGGAGGCCAACGACCUGUCAGUCACUGCCCAGCAGGAGUGGGAGGCGGAGUGGAACCAGCAGGGACUGCCCUCAAGACUGUCAGAGGAGGACUAUAAAGCGAGGAAGAGACAAAGGUUGGAGAAGAGAAUAUCAGACCAGCUACGACAGGCUAUCCAGCAGGAGACCAGCAAGGCUACCGCUGGCAGGGAUCUUCUACAGGUGCUGAGCUCGUUCACAGAUAGAGGUGCAGGAAAGGGCGUGACCAAAGGGUCAAGGUUCACCCACACUGAGAAGCUCCAGUUUGCUCAGGAUGAAGAAACUGCAGCACAAAUGAUGGGAGAGGGACCAAGAGUGGAUACAGAAGAGGAGAUGCAGAGGAAGAGAGAGGAGGAGGUAGAGCAGCUGCGGGGCCAGCUGGAGGAGGUCACAGGUCAGCUGCAGUCGCUGGAUGUGGAGAUGAAGAAGUUUACAGCUGGGAUACAGCAGAUGGAAGAAAAGGUGAAUACAGAGGUUCGAGGGAGGAGUGACAAGGAGGAGGCUUACAAGGUCAAGAAGAGGACGUUAGACCUUCUUCCUGACGCUGAGAACAACAUCACAAAACUCCAGGGGGUAGUAGAUGGCAGCUCCCAGAGACUUGUGAACCUGGCCCAGCAGUGGGAGAAACACCGGGUUCCUCUCAUCCAACAGUACAGGGAACUCAAGGAACUCAACGCUAACAGAGAGUCCCAGUCUGAGAAGAAAUUAGAAGAGAUCAAGAGUCUAAGGGAAAAGAUGAAGGAGGUUGCAGAUGAGGCCAGGGGCAAGGACGAUGUCUACAAACAGCUGGCAUCUGAGUAUGAGAGGAUGACUAAGGAUGUAAACAGAGGUGCCUACACCAAGAGGAUCAUGGAGAUAGUGGGAAACAUCAAGAAACAGAAGGAGGAGAUAGACAAGAUUCUGAUAGACACAAGAGAUGUUCAGAAGGAAAUCAACCAACUCACAGGCAAGCUGGACAGGACUUUUGCUGUUACCGAUGAGCUCAUUUUUAGGGAUGCCAAGAAAGAUGAAGCUGUCAGGAAAGCCUACAAGUCUUUAGCAGCUCUACAUGAGAACUGUGAGCAGUUGAUCAAGACAGUGGAGGAGACGGGAGGGAUCAUGAGGGAGAUCAGAGAUCUGGAGGAUCAGAUUGAAACGGAAGGGGCCAAGAAGACCACCCAGAACCUGGACAGGAUUAUGGGGGAUUUCAAACAGAUGAAACAAGAAAACUCUGGCAUCGUGGCUAAACUCAAGGGCAAAUAACAAUCCUAGUUAUAGCAUGAUUACUAGCUUUGAACAUACUACAUGUAUAUUGUUCAGAUACAUGUACGUAGACUGCCAAUGUUUCUGUCAAAUCCAGCCUAAGUCUAGCAGCCCUUCAGCUGGUCAGGCCUGUUGAAGCUUGAUGGCAAACACCAGUAAUCUCCAAGCAGUGGCAAAAUGAUAUUCAUGGCCCAAAACAAUGUCCAUGUGGCCACUGGGUUCAGUUGGGUUCUGUUUUAGCCCAUGGCCACCUGAGGAUCUGCUUGGAGACAGCAACAUCUAUAAUCCAGAAUUGGAAACAACCUUAUCCUGUUGAUUCAUACAUAUUGCCAGAAUGAGAAAUACCAUAAUGAUUUGUGUUGUGAUGACUGGUUUCCAUAGUGACAGGGAAACCCGAGCUCUCAUUGGACUGAUUUCCAUAGUGAUGAGGAAUCCUGAGCUCCUAUUGGUGGAAAGGCGAUGGUUCUUUUGAACUUCCACAAGCUUUCCAGGAGAUCCAGUCAGCCUGACAGCGAGAGAUUGUUUAACACAGGGUCUGUCAAAUAUAACAAUUGAUUUCUGUCCACACCAGCAUUUUUUGUGUCAAUUUAAUUCCUUUGAUAAGUACAAAAUAUUUUUCUCUGAUCUUAAACUGGGAAAUAACAAAAGUACAUUUUUUCUUCAAAUUCCAUAGAAUUGCCACUUAAAGAGAAAUUUUAUCCUUGGAAAAAUGAAUACUCAAUUAUAAACCAUUUGAAAGUCACAAGAAUUAUGCAAUCAUUAAAAAACAUUACUUAUUUUAUUCUGCUAGGUACCAUCAUUUUCCAUUGACAGUGUUAUGGUAUUUGGUAAUCACUUAGAUAUUCAUCUCUGUAAUUGUUAUGUGCUUGCUUGUGGUAUGCUAAUAUCUGGUAGAAUCAAUUGGUCAAUUCAUGUACAACUCAAUCAUUAGAUAUGAAUUAAACUAAACACCAGAAAAAUUUGUUUCAAUUUUGAUUAGCUUUCUAUGUUAGUAAAGAUAUAUUGAUUGCAAGCUUAUAUCCAUUUUACAUGGGAUGCCAUGGAAAUACCUGACACUUUUGAAUAUGAUUAUGUCACAAAUAAAUCAAAUUGGAUGCCAUCAAUUGAAAUGAUUUUUGCUUUAAAAAGCAGAUACAAUGUUAAUAGUUAGACAUACUGUACAGUAUUGUCUGCACAAAAUAUAUAAA